AAGCGCACAGUCUUCCUUUUCAGUGUUGCACCUUCUACCAUGAGGUAGUAGUAAUGAUAUUCUCUUGCGAUUUUAGCUAUUUAUUUUCAUAUUUAUAGAUUUUAAACUCUCUUUUAUAGUAAAUUACAUUGAAAAAUGCAUUGAUAUUGCAUGAAGUUACAUUUCUAAAUAACAUUAUUUAUUUUCUUUAAUGAUUUUGGUAUUUUAUCGCUUGCACAACGGGGAGUAAGACAACACAGCAAACUGUUAAAAAAAGAUGGCGGCAUGGACACAUUGUGCCCCAAAAUCUGAUUCUGCUACAUUUUCUUGUCCAUUAAUUUCAUUUUAUCUGUUUUCAGUACCCUUCGCCUUCAGAAGCGUUUGGCUUCAAAGGUGCUCAAAUGUGGUAAAAACAAAAUUUGGUUGGAUCCCAAUGAAACCAAUGAAAUAGCCAAUGCUAACUCCCGUGAGUAUGAAUCCAGCCCUCAUUAAUUGAAAAUUAUUUUGAAAAAUUUAAGUGAUAAUUUUUAACUUAGUUUCUGUGAAAAAUACUUAAGAUGAUGGACAGUGGCCAGAGGUGGUAAAUUUAUAUAAAAGUCACAGUUGUCUAUUUGUAAUAUUGCCCUCAUGGCUGACAUUUUUGUAGGCUACACUGCACACUGUUCUUGGUAGAUUUCUUCUAUUAUAUUUUUUAAAAUUUAAAUUAAGGGCCGUCGAUCAUUUUUAAUGAUCAUUUUGGCAUGUAGAGGCGAUUUGGAAUGUUUUUGUGCCUGGUGUUGAGGAUAUUUCACUGGUUGCAAGGGCCACUUAGUGAGGGUAUCAUGCACUGAGGGUUGGAAGGCCUGAGGCAAUAUGACGCAAGUGUUGUCGCCUCCACUGUUCCUUUUGAAAGCUUGUUCCAGUUCCUGAGUCUUUGGCAGGAAUGAGCAUUUCCUAAACUGGCUUCUCACUGGUAUGAGCCGGCUGUAACUACGAUGUAUCAUCGAAUUUCAGUCACAUUUUAAUAGAUCUUUUUUUACUUUUUCUUUCUAUUUCCUAUUUGUCAUUCAGGUCAGAAUAUAAGGAAACUUGUAAAGGAUGGUUUAAUUAUCCGAAAACCUGUGAAGGUCCAUUCCCGUGCCAGAGUUCGCAAAAAUGCAGAGGCUCGCCGUAAAGGACGUCACAUGGGUCAUGGCAAAAGAAAAGGUAUGUACAUCAAAAUUUGUUGCAUUUUCUGACAUGUAUUAGUAACCUAUAUCCUAACGAUUUUUGCUCCUGUAUUUCAUUACACUAAAAAGAAUUAAUGAUCUUACACUUACUUCUUUUCAUUUCUAGGUACUGCAAAUGCCCGUAUGCCUACUAAAAUUCUGUGGAUCAGGAGGAUGAGGGUUCUUCGCAGGCUACUUAGAAAGUAUAGAGAGGCCAAAAAAAUCGAUAAGCACUUGUGAGUAAAAAUUUCAAUCUAAAUACUUCUGUAUAAUUUGUAUAGCUAGCUGGUAAUUGUUUUUAAAAUUUAAAGUCAUCAGUGAUUGCUGCAGAAUGAGACUUAAUUUUUUUUUCUUUUCAUAAUUUCAAGGUACCACGAGCUGUACAUGAAAUGCAAGGGUAAUGGAUUCAAGAACAAGAGAGUUCUCAUGGAGUUCAUUCAUAAGAGAAAGGCAGAAAAGGCCAGAUCCAAACUGCUCAGGUACAUGUUUCUCUUGAUAAAAUAAAAGUUUCUUAUUUAUGGCCAAUGCACAAUCUUUGCUGACUUAUGUAUAGUUUGUGCUUUAUAAUUAUAUUGCAAAUCUUACGAUUUAAGGUCGUUUUUUUUUUUUUUUGUUGUUGUUUUUUUAAAUAUCACUUUUUAAUUUUGUUCUUGUAGCGACCAAGCUGAGGCUCGCAGACAGAAAGUCAAGGAGGCUCGUCGUCGUCGUGAAGAGCGCAUUGCCCUAAAGAAGGAAGAGCUGUUGAAAAAUAUUGAAGAGCCUAAAAAAUAAGUUAAUUAAAUCUGAAUUUUAUGUCACAUAAAAUAGAUGACUUGUCUUAGUUUUUUUAAAAGUUUGUUUCAUUAUUUGUUGAUCACAAAGUAAUUUGAGUUAAGCAAAAAAGUGGGGGGGCAUGAAUUUCCAGUUGUCCAACUCAUGUAGCAUCACAAAUUUAAAAAUACAUAUUUGAUCUCUUAGGAACUAGAAUUAUUUUUAUUUAAUUACAAGAAAAUACAGAAUUUAGCCAAUCAAUGUUCUUAUUACAGGCCAGUAUUUGAAUUUGGGCAACCCAUUCAAAGUCACUGUACCCAGUCCUCUGUUUUUUUUAUGAGCAUCUGAUGAUAAUAAUGUGUCAUUUAUAUAGCUGUUACCAGUAUAUCUUAGGUACUCUACGUAAAACAAUAAGUUUUGGGUACCUAGUACUAGAUCAGAUCUGGACUUUGUGUGGGAUUUCAAUGUCAAUACUUGUCCACCACUGUUAUCCUUCAUCCAUAACAAUAACAUAUUUAUUUUCCUGGUGUUACCUAUUCAUACAUGCGUAGGUCUAUAAUUUUAUUAGGUACGCUCACAAUUUUUUCGAACUAGGAUACUGGGGUAAUUAUUUUUAAGUUAAAGUUAAAGGUAGACAAGUUUUACUACAUUAAUUACCGGUACUUGAUUUUAGGGAUGGGGUUUUCAAAUUCAACAAAUAUUUUGAAGUGUGAAGCACUGUUACUGGAUUGCAUCAAUACAAGUUACAAC